ACGUCGGGUCCGCUUCGUAAACACGACGUAUGACGCACGAAAGCCCAUCAAGUCUGAAGACCCACGUCAGUCUUUUAUCCGCGUCCAAGUCACAACUUGAUCCCCCGAAAUUCGAUGCUGCGUCUCGUUCUUCGCUCGCUUCCUCGCUCUACGCCGUCGCUCUUGGCGCGCGCCCUUGCCACCUCCGCGGGCGACAUCAAGAUCCAGAAGGUGGGUAUGGUCGGUCUGGGCCUCAUGGGCCACGGCAUCGCACAGACCGCAGCCACCGCGGGCUUCGAUGUCGUGGCUCUUGACGCCAACCCCAAGGGCCUCGAGAGCGGCAUGAAGCGUAUCGAAGGCUCACUGAGUAAGCUACUGAGUCGCGGCGUGAAGAAGGGCACGCUCACGCAGCAGCAAGCGGACGAACAGGCCGCUGCCACGUUGGCGCGUAUCAGACCAACCACAGAAUUGGCCGAACUAGCAGAUUGCGACCUCGUGAUCGAGGCCAUUGUGGAGAACGUGGAGGUGAAGAAGGAAUUCUACGCGAAUCUGGGCAAAGUAGCCAAGCCCUCGGCCAUCCUGGCGUCCAACACGUCGUCUUUGGCCAUCUCGGACUUUGCGGGUUCCUCGGGUCGUGCGUCGCAGGUCGUGGGUCUUCAUUUCUUCAACCCCGUGCAGCUCAUGAAGCUCGUGGAGGUCAUUCGCACUGAUGCCACAGAUCCCAAGAUUUUCGACGCCUGCAAGCAGUGGGUGCUGGACAUUAACAAACACCCAGUGAGCUGCAAGGACACACCGGGUUUUAUUGUCAACCGCCUGCUGGUUCCCUACUUAGCUCAGGCUAUUUCUCUGUAUGAGCGUGGAGAUGCCACGAAGGAGGAUAUUGACGUGAGUAUGCAAUUCGGUGCUGGCCACCCCAUGGGACCUAUUACGCUGGCGGACUACGUGGGCCUGGACACGACACUCUUCAUCCUGGAAGGAUGGGUGCGUGACCACCCGAACGAACCAGCGUUCUUCGUGCCGGAGAUUAUCCGUAAGAAGGUGGCGGAAGGCAAAUUGGGACGCAAGACGGGCGAGGGAUUUUACAAGUGGGACGGCGACAAGCGUCUAUAAACUCUGAGAAUCUCAAGUUUUGCGUACUGGAGCAAGAUUUAUCUGGAUGUAGGCAAUUGUCCGCGUCGAAAUAACUGAAAAAAAUAGCAUUAAGCGAAAGUUGAAAUUCACAUUAGGUGCCUGGAAUGAAGUUACAGGCGAGAUGUCGCC